GACCGCUCGGGAAGAAACGAGCCACGAGUCAGUUGUCGUCGGACUUCCUGCGUGGUUUUCGGAAUGCGGUUCCUCUUGUGCCUGUUCCUCGUGGACUUUGUGGUAUCGGACGGCGUCAGGAACGACCCAGAAUGCGGCCUCAGAAGAACCUAUGGACGUGACGUCCGAGAUGGGAAUUUCCCGGAGUACCCUUUUAUUGCUUCGAUUUUGGAAUUCAAGCCUCGGAAACUCGACGCGGAAUUCAUGUGUGCCGCCGCUCUCGUGUCCAAACGCCAUCUCAUCACCGCUGCUCACUGUUUCGAUGACAGACCGAUGAACCCACGAUACUAUUCGGUCAUGACGGAAAGUCAGACCACUCGAGCGGGUCUAGAGUUCGAUAUUGAACGGAUCGACAAGUUCCCUCUGUAUAGAGAAGGGAGUGCCUACGACGACAUUGCGCUCUUGACUCUGAAACACGAAGCGCACAACAACACGAUUCCCGUGUGCCUGCCUACUGCCGGGGAGUCCUACGAUCAGCGGUUGGCGUACGUCCUCGAGUACACGCCCAUCUAUAACGGUCAUAUGAAGGUCUCAAUGUCCCGUCAAAUAAUUGCCAAAAGAUCCGAUUGCGAAGAAGUAUACCAGAAUACAGUGUCGAGCAAGCUACUCCGAGGCGUGAGCAUGGAGCACCUCUGCACCGACAAGCGGUCUCGUCAGAGUCACUGCAUCGCCUACGACGGAUCUCCAGUUGUGGUCAACGAUAAAAACAAUCGACUCGUCCUGGCCGGGGUCGCAACUUUCCGCGAGAACUGCACCUCGCAAGAGUUCCCCGGUUUCUUCACCAAGAUCACUCCAUAUCUGGGCUGGCUCGAGCGGAUGAUGAAGCCUUGAUACAAUCUCAUUCUUAACCGAGUCCUCUGAACGGAAGGAUCCUUGGUAUCAUCCAUAUGAU